UGAAGGAAUGAACAGUCAGCGAGCAACAGCUUUCGGUGUUGUGCUCCUGCAUUGAAAAAUAGUUUUACCUUCGUCAGCUGGAAAAAAAAUAGUGUGGUUUACCAGAUAUCUGGUGCAAAUGAACGGGAUUUAAUGUGCAAGCACAGAAUUCCAUCGCGACGUACUUACUUUCAGUAGAAAUAAUGUCCAAUAGUGAGCUUACGCCAAAGGAAUCGCUGGAGUCCUCUUCCGGAUGAUUGCUUGCAGAAGAGCUUCCGAGCAGCACCAGGUUUUGAUUUUCUUCAUCAUCCUGAUCCGUAACGCAUUCCGAGUGUGGUAAGAUAUGUGUAAAGUUUGAUGGUAAGACUGGCGGUAAGACAAUCUACGUUAUGAUGUGCAGAACUUUAAUAUAGGAUAAGUUUUACAAAUAAGUACUUAGGAGGAAGUAAUGCCAAGGGAAAAUAUGAAACUGUUUCCUGGACAUGAAAUUUCUGGGGAAUUGAACUGUUGUUUUUUGGGGUUCCCCUUCCAAAUUGUAGUCGAGAGGCGUCGUCGUUUCAAUAUCAACGACAAAAUUAAGGAACUGGGGACGCUCUUGCCACGUAACAUCGAAGGUUCCAGCAGCGAUAUCAAUGGGAAGGACGGCCGAGUUAACAAAGGUACCAUCCUCAAGGGAACGGUGGAUUACGUUAAGGAGCUGAAGCAAGAAGUCUGCGCUCUACGCAGAAAUGGUGACCUGUUGGUUGCGAUCAAGAACGAAAACAUCAUUCUGCAGCACAAACUGGCGGUAAUGUAUUGGAUCGUCUAAUGGACAAUUUCAAAUUUUUGUUACUAUUUUUAAACGAACCUCAGAACCUCAUAAAUAUUAUUGCCUAAUACAGUCCUUAGUUUCAGCCAUAAUUACUACAACUUUUCUUACAGCUUUUUUCAACUUCGUAAGUAUUGUUUCAAUUAAUUACUUAAGUUGUCCAUAAUACUAAUUCUCCUUAAUAAUUUUAACUGAUAGAAUUUUCGCUUGGAGGGAGGAAUUCAACCUGCGAUUGUAUUAGCCAAAAAUCGACCAACAGCUGGCACCCACCAAGCAGGGUAUCGUAAGGGUAAAGUUUUACCUGUACGUUGAGAUGUGCGAAAACAAUCUGCAGCUGGAGAAUCACGUCAAACGGCUGCAGAACCUGCGCAGAGAGCUCAGUCAUAUCAAGGAUACCGACUGGCAGUACGAGUCGAUGGAUAAAUUCUUCGGACAUAACUAGUGAGAUUAUUUGGAAGGCAUUUGGAACUUGUGGACUAUUACCAGUACUGACGGUCAAAUAGACGGAUAGAUAUCACCGAUUUGUUGUAAUAGAACAGGUCACAUCAAAAGUGAAUUAAAAUGUUGCGUUUAAUGAAAAAAGCUGUAUGGGGUUUGGUCUCAACCGUUGGUGGCCAAGCGGAAUCCGAAGAAGAGAAAAUCAAACGAUUGGAAGCAUUGGUAGAAGAUAACGACGAAAAGGAAGACGAGAAUGAAAAAUCACUCUCGAAAGAGGAAGAUAAAAAGGAAAUACAGGCUACAAAUUGCUUUGCACAAACUGGUUUUGUGACCAGAGUGGAAGGCAACUAUAUUGUGAUCGAUACCACUCUGAAUGUUGACAAAAAGGUACUUCAAGCUUGUCCGUUCCAACACCAGCUGGAAGUGGGUGUAAAGGUUUCUUACCUGGCAUACAAAGCGCCGGAGAGCGAAUCGAUCAAAGUGAUAAAAUUGGAAGCUUUACUGAAUGAAGUAUGGGGCGAGAAGGAGAAUAAAAAGCAAACGCAGGAAGAAGAGAUUCAGCAGCUCGUACAGGAAAUCAAUCCAACGUAUUUCAACUACAACCAACGAAGCGAACAAGGAACCGUCAUUGCCAAGCGCCGAGGGUUGCUGACUGUGGAAACCGAUCAGGGGGAACAUUCCAUCGAGUUGGAUAAUGUUAAACUUACAUGUGUGCUCGAAGUGGGAGACUACGUUGUGCUGGAUUGUCUCGUUCAGAUCGAUGAAACUUAUUUUGACACCCGUGGCAACAUUUUGGAGGUACGUGGAAUUGCCCCUACCCGAGUCGUUCAGGGAAUUGGAAUCGUAACGAAAGCGGACGCAGAUGGUGGCGAAAUCAGGAGUGAUGAUGGAGUUUAUCACUAUCUCUGUGAUGUAUGUGAAGCCGGUCAGAUUCCCAAUCAUGGAGACAAAGUAAUCUUCGAAGCUGUGGAAAAUAGUCUUUUGAACUUUCGUUGCACGAAAUUGGUGAUAGAGACAUCUGCUCCACGCCCGGUUGAAACUAACAAGGAAGAAACAAAAUCCAAGUUCGACGAUGACUUUUUCUUGGACAAACGAGGCAUCAAGAUUACCGACAACCUCGAAGUCAAAUUUGAAAACUUAAACGAGCGGAAGGAGAUCGACGUGACCAUACGAAAUGAGGGAGAGCGUCAGCAUAAGAUUAUGCGGUCGGUGUUCAUGUCCAAUAAGCAAACCUCUCAAAUGCGAUUACUACACCCGAAGACUACCGAUACGGCUUUCCUGAAACCUGGAGAUUCCGUCAAGUAUACGUUCGAAAUCUCCGCCAAAAACUACGGCCUCAGUAAGGAAAUUUUCAUGUGGUCGUUUGGGGGAGGUUUCAAGAUUGCAAGACAAGUAACGGUAAUAGUUGGAGACGCCGAUGUUAUCAACGUUCCGGUUAAAAACGAAGGAACGACUAAGGCCCGCAACGCCGCUGGUUCUCACAAGCUUGCCGCUUGGAACGUUUACAAACGGGGAGGCGAAAUUACACCCGGCCAGAAAUUAAGUAAAAGAGCCAACUUUAUUGACAUCAAAAUAGGUGGUUAUCAAGUUCCGGAUGAGCUCAAGCAGAUUUUGCUGAACCCUUCCAUGAGUAGAAAUCAGAUUGAUGAGGAGUUGGAUCGUACCCAGCGCUGCUUGCAGCAUCCUUUAUGUCCGGAAAACUAUAAGGCCGUAUUUAAGACAUUCCUGUGGAUGGAAGACGUUCAGUGUGAGAUUUCGAUUGCACGAUUCAAUGUCGACCGAGCACAUUUCACGCGAGAGGACAGUUAUCUCGCUUUGCGAAUUGAGAAUGUUGCUGAAAGCAGACCUUCGUUGAUUCCCGGAGAUAAAUUGGUGGCCACAACACCAUGGGCAGCAAAUAAUCAUGGAUUAGCAAACGGAGCGUUUAUCCAUAAAAUUUUGAAACAUAAGAUUCUUGUUAAGUUCAGCGAACACUUCCACGAAAAAUACAACGGAGAGGACCAUAAAAUUACUUUCCAACCCACAAGAGGGGCAUUCCAGAAGCAGCAUCAUGCCAUCAAUUGCGUAACAAGCGCAAUGGGCCUCGAUUUCUUGUUCCCCACUAAAAUCAACAUUCGAGAACCGUGGAUGGAUCUGAAAAUUAACGAGAACGGUAACUUGGCUACCAAUGACUUUGACAACGAGUUUAACUGGCACAACCCAAUGUUGAAUCCAAUUCAAAAAGAAGCGAUUAAGAACAUUCUACGCUCAGAGGCAAGGCCGCUUCCUUACAUAAUCUUUGGUCCUCCCGGAACUGGCAAAACGAUGACCUUGAUUGAGCUGAUACAUCAAAUCGUAAAACUGUUCGCCGAUAGCAGAAUCAUGGUUGCUACUCCAUCGAACAGUUCUGCAAAUCUAAUUACAGAGCGAAUCAUAAAUGCCAAAGUAUUGCGCCCCGGAGAAUUCAUUCGAAUUGUCGGGUUGAACUAUGUAGAACAGGAACUGGUUCCAGAACAUCUCGCACCCUACUGCGGUACCGUUGACAUUGCUUCUGAAAGAACGGUUAAAGAUGAAGUCAUAACUACCGAAUCCGGUUUGAAACACAAAUUGCAAUUGAAACACCUGGGUCGACAUAGAAUCACUAUCGGAACGUGCGUAACGCUUGGGACGUUGAUGCAAAUUCGUUUCCCUCGAAAUCAUUUCACGCAUAUCCUAAUAGACGAAGCUGGACAAUGCUUGGAAACGGAAACGCUAAUCCCAAUGACGUUUAUAAACCAAAACUGCGGAACUGUUGUGCUCGCUGGUGAUCCCAUGCAGCUCGGACCGGUUGUGAUGAGUAGUCAUGCGUCCAAUCGCGGCUUCGGUACGUCAAUGCUGGUUCGUUUGAUGGAUACGCCAUUAUACAGGACUGAUAAAACUCGUUUCCCCAAAACUAGCGGUUACAAUCCCCGAUUGGUAACGAAACUUCGCUACAAUUAUCGAUCCGUUCCUAGCAUUCUCGAUAUCUACAGCGAGCUUUUCUAUGAAUCUGCACUGAUCGCUAGAAUUCCUGCAGAAGGCAGUGACGAAGCAAAGUUCCUUGAUUUAGUUUACGACAUUCUGCCUAUUAAAUCGGUCCAACAGCCGAAAUGUGGUUUCGUUUUUUGGGGAGUAAACGGUGUCAAUAAGCAAACCCCCGAAAGUCCGUCUUGGUUCAAUCCAGCAGAAGCGAAAAGUGUCUUUAACAUGUUGUUGAAAUUAUACAAGAAAGGGGUUCGUCCAGAAGACAUUGGAGUGAUAACUCCAUAUCAACAGCAAGCUAAGACCAUUCGAAGAAUUCUUGAAGAAAGCAAUCUACAAAGACCAAAAAUCGGUAGCGUCGAGGAGUUCCAGGGUCAAGAACGUAUGGUCAUCCUUAUUUCCACGGUACGAACAUCGAAAUCUCAACUGCUGAGCGACCAACAGCACGCUCUUGGAUUCGUUGCUAGUCCUAAACGAUUGAAUGUAGCAAUCUCACGAGCACGAGCGCUGCUGAUAGUUUUCGGUAGUCCACAGCUGCUCUCAGCGGAUAAACAGUGGCUAAAAUUACUCUACAAAGCUAUCAACAAUGACACCUACUGUGGAUGCGAUCUUCCCGACCAUUUGGCACCUCAUGCGAUUUCUGAUCGGGCAAUAAAUGGCUACAAUUAUGCGGAUGAACAGUAGAAUUUGAAAAUGUCGUAUGUCACGAAUAAACAGACGCAAUUUGUCUUACUCUAAUCUGCCCGAAGUGCAAAGAUUCCUUUAUGAAGUAUCCUUUAUAUUUUCUGUUUCGCGCGAGACGCAUCCUUAUCUAUAUUAGUUUUAAAAAUAUAAAACGGUAAUUCGAAUAAAAAUCUAAAAUCAGAACCUCA